AUGUGCCGCUUUUUGGUCUACAAAGGAAGCGAUGAAAUUUUACUAUCAAAAUUGAUCCUCGAUCCAUCCCACUCGAUCCUCACACAGUCCUUUGAUUCCAGGCUCCGGCUGGAUACUCGUCGACCUCACAACGGCGAUGGCUUUGGAAUUGGAUACUAUACAGACCCGAAGCUAGGCCCGGAACCUUGCAUUUUCACUUCGACUAUACCCGCAUGGAACUGCAUUAACCUCCAGCGCAUUGCUUCGAAAACCGCGUCGCCACUCAUAUUUGCCCAUGUUCGCGCCACGACGGAAGGCUCUCUGAGCGAUGACAACUGCCACCCUUUCCGCCAUGGAAGUUUGAUGUGGAUGCAUAAUGGAGGGUUAGGAGCCUGGAAGUACAUCAAGCGUCGGUUAGGGGAGCGGUUGGCCGAUAAAUGGUAUUUGGGCGUCUGCGGCGGUACCGACAGUGAAUGGGCAUUUGCUCUCUACCUUGACACCUUAGAGCGAAUGGGCCAUGACCCAAGCAAUCCUCCGGAGCACGGGUUUGGACCAGGCGUCCUUCGCCAGGCAAUGUUGAAGGUUAUCAAGGACAUCAACCAGUUCAUUGCAGAAGUCCCACCAAAGUUGAUCGUAGAAGAAAAUGUGGACACCCGCAGUCUUCUAAACUUCGCUGUCACAGAUGGCCACAGUGUUAUCUGCACACGGUAUGUGAGUAGCCAGACAGACGAAGCUGCAAGUCUAUACUACUCAUCCGGAUCGACGUGGCAUGACGAGAAGAAGGGCAACUUCCAAAUGGACAGGCGCGAUAAGGGAGCCGAUAUUGUGCUUGUUGCCAGCGAGCCACUGACUUUCGAACGAGACAAUUGGGUAACUGUCCCUACCAAUUCGACUCUCACAAUCCAUAACCAAACUGUCAUGGUCCACCCGAUUAUCGAUGAGAACUACAGUCAAAACCCUGCGCAUAAGCGCUCCGCACAGUUUGUCGCUGAAAAGGGCCUCACUACAAACCCAACAAGUAAGCCGUGCACGGAAGCCGGUACACCCACACCGUCAUCCGUAUCAAGCUCCAAAGCAACUUCGCCGUCGGACUCCUACAAGAAGCAUGUUUCUCUUCCUGUUUCGCGCCUCAACGAGUGCAUGUCAGGGCUAUCCGUGCGAUCUCUCUCACCUGAGAAUGCAAGUGACAGUGGGUAUCGGCCAGUCUUAUCCGGCAGAGACCCAUCAAGGCCGCAGGAGCAGGGAAACAUCAAGAAAAAGCGGGUCAGCUUGAUAGAGGUCGAUCCCCAGGUUCCCUGGGAUUUGGACCAAGACUACCAGUCACCGAGGUCGGGGCGUGCAACGAGUGCAAACACAAGUCCUACUCCGGAUAGAACAAACUAUGGCAGUGCUGCCAAGAUCACACAGUACUUCCCAGAGCUGUCAUGA